GCGAAAUUGUGACAGGGUAUUUUUCGCACGUGUGUUCUCGAAUUUUGAAAUUGUUUGAUUAAACAACAGUUUGUUUUGACUGCUAUUCUAUUCCGCACUUCGCCUUUUGUACAUAUAUUAUUUAACAAUGGGUAUCUUAGAAAAAAUAGCUGAAAUAGAACGGGAAAUCUCCAGAACCCAGAAGAACAAGGCCACUGAGUAUCAUCUGGGGUUGCUAAAAGCCAAGUUGGCCAGAUAUCGACAACAGCUGUUAGAACCACAGGGGAAGGCAGGACCAAAGGGAGAAGGUUUUGAUGUUAUGAAAUCUGGUGAUGCUCGUGUUGCCUUAAUAGGUUUUCCAUCAGUUGGAAAGUCAACUCUGUUGAACGCCUUGACAUCAACGCAUAGCGAGUCUGCAAACUAUGAAUUCACAACCCUGACAUGUAUUCCUGGAGUAAUUGAGUACAAUGGUGCUUGUAUACAGCUGCUUGAUCUUCCAGGUAUCAUAGAAGGAGCUGCUCAAGGGAAAGGUAGAGGACGACAAGUGAUAUCUGUAGCAAGAACAGCAGAUCUCAUUAUCAUAAUGUUGGAUGCCACUAAAGGAGAUGUGCAGAAACGUUUACUGGAGGCUGAACUUGAAAGUGUGGGUAUUCGAUUAAAUGCCCAGAAGCCUAAUAUAUAUUUUAAGCCAAAGAAAGGUGGAGGUGUGUCUUUCAAUUCCAUGGUGACCUUGACCAAGUGCAAUGAGAAGAUGGUUCAGAUGAUAUUACAUGAAUAUAAAAUCUUCAAUUGUGAAGUACUGUUUAGAGAAGACUGCACAUCUGACGAGUUUGUUGAUGUUAUUCUCGGCAGUAGAGUGUACAUGCCAUGUCUUUAUGUAUAUAACAAAAUUGACCAGAUUUCUAUAGAAGAGGUGGACAGACUAGCCCGACAGCCACACAGUGUUGUUGUUAGUUGCAAUAUGAAUCUGAACUUGGAUUACCUUGUAUACUAUAUGUGGGAGGAGCUUGCUCUCAUUAGAGUUUAUACAAAGAAAAGGGGAGAGAGGCCCGACUUUGAUGGCGGUUUAGUCUUACGGAAAGGUGUAACAGUAGAACAUGUGUGUCAUGCUAUUCACAGAACAUUAGCAGAGCAAUUUAAGUAUGCACUUGUGUGGGGCAAGAGCACAAAAUACAGUCCACAGAGAGUUGGGCUGACUCAUUUAAUGUGUGAUGAGGAUGUUAUACAAGUGGUCAAGAAAUAAUACCUUGUCUGACAACUCUGGUGUACCUCAAGUCAAAGUGCUUUCCAGUCAUUGGAUGUAUCAUGCGCUAAAUCCUUGUUUCACACUGGCACAUACAGAAGAUGUUUGGCAUUGAAAUCAGUUUAUGAAAAAAAUGGACCUUAAUAGCAACUUCUUGGGGGGGGGGGGGGGUUGUGGGGGUAAUCUUGUGAGAGUGCAUUCACAUCCACCCAUCAGUACAGAUCUGUUAUGCGUCACAGGUGUGUCUGUGAAUUUUAAUCACCGACAACAUUUGAGGAGUUGAAGAUUGAUUUCAGCCAAAACCGGCUUGUUUUACUCUUAUGGUGUUUGUACAGUGCACAUUUUCUGAAGCGUAAUCCAACUUAACUGAAUGAUGACAUGUGCCACAUUGUUAUAAUAUUUCUAAAUGAUUAUGAUUGAAAGUUUUCAUGAGAUAUGUACUUCAAAUUGACUCAUUAAUAAUAAUAAAAACUUGUCUUGGAAUAAACUGCUUAGGGAUUGUUUAUUACUGAUGUGAGUUUUUUGGUAAUCGGAACAAUAUUUGAGGUGUUAAAACUAUGUUAUUGUAGUUUUCAGACCAAAACCCAGUAUUUUGGGAGGCCUAUAUUCUGCCUACAGUGCUCGAUUAUAUUGUUCUUGUAACAACAAUCUCGUCAUGCUUGCAAAAUGAUUAUGCAUGAUUUGUAAUUGUGGAAAAGGUGAAUAGAUAUUGUUUUAGCCUGCAUUAAAAACAUUAAUAAAACUUGAUUCAUAAACCAUAACAUGUACAUUUGUAAAGUUAUGGAUUAAUCAUUUGUCUCAAGUUAUUUUGUAAAUGGUUUCUUUUUACUUUUUCCCCCAAAUCAGAUUCUGUGUUGAGCUGUAUCUUUUGUUCAGGGGAGGUUUGUUAAGCAUCACCAUUCAUAGAUAUAAUAAAUAAAAAAAUCAUCAUUUGCAUGAAAUUCUCUAUGUACCCAUCAAAUAUCCAUUCACAUGCUUCACAUCAGUCUUUUGAUCUUUUAUGGAACAACCCUUAGAAAAUGACAGUAUACAUGUUCAGUUUAAAAGUCUUGCUAAAUAUAUAUUUAAAGGCUUUGCUUUGUAUCAGUCAUAACUUAGUUUGGUAUGUGACUUUUGCAAUCACAAUGUAAAAAAAAUCCUUUACUUUUACUGUCAUUGUAUAUUAGUAGUACAAACCUGGUGAAGAUUUACGUUAGAAGUUCGAAUUUGAAAAUAAUUAAACCUCUGUGAUGAGUUGCUGUAUAUAAGACCUUUGUUGAAUAAUUACAUAUUUAUUCUUGUAAAGACACAUUUGCAUAUAUCAAUUAUUUCUUAUAUUUAGACCUGAUUUAUAAAUUUGUUAUCAUUGCCUUAGUACUCUUUAAAGUAUGUGAAAAUUAUCACUGGCUAAUUGUAAUCUGGUGACUCAAGUCUCGGUGAAGUAGGGUUGGGGGAAGAUUGUCAACACUUGUAAUUAAUUACAGCAUAUUUUUGUAUAUUGUACAUAAAGUUGAAAUGAUUUACUUCAGUUGCAUAUUAUAUGAAUGUACAUGUAUUUUUUAAAUAAAAUAUGUAUAUAUGUAUAUAUGUAUACAA